AGCCGGGCCCCAUUGGCUGACUGGCUCGGAGUCGGGAACUCCGAUUGGCCGAGGGCCCUGAGGCGACAGAUUCCGGAAAGGGGAAGAGCAGCCAAUAUGGCGGCGGAGCGCGGCGCGGGGCAGCAACAGUCGCAGGAGAUGAUGGAGGUUGACAGGCGAGUCGAGUCUGAAGAGUCGGGCGACGAGGAGGGGAAGAAGCACACCAGUGGCAUCGUGGCAGACCUCAGUGAGCAGAGCCUGAAGGAUGGCGUGGAGCGGGGUGAGGAGGACCCAGAAGAGGAACAUGAGCUGGCUGUAGACAUGGAAACCAUCAGCCUGGACCGAGAUGCGGAGGAUGUGGAUCUGAAUCACUAUCGAAUUGGGAAAAUCGAAGGCUUUGAGGUGCUGAAGAAAGUGAAGACUCUCUGCCUCCGUCAGAACUUAAUUAAGUGCAUUGAGAACCUAGAGGAGCUGCAGAGCCUCCGUGAGCUGGAUCUCUACGAUAACCAGAUCAAAAAGAUUGAAAACCUGGAGGCACUGACUGAGUUGGAGGUUCUAGAUAUAUCUUUUAAUCUGCUGAGAAACAUCGAAGGGAUCGACAAAUUGACCCAACUUAAAAAACUCUUCUUGGUCAACAAUAAAAUCAGUAAAAUUGAGAACCUAAGUAACUUGAAUCAGCUGCAGAUGCUGGAGCUGGGAUCCAACCGCAUCCGGGCAAUUGAAAACAUCGACACUUUAACCAACCUUGAGAGUUUGUUUUUGGGGAAAAACAAAAUUACUAAGCUUCAGAACCUGGAUGCCCUCACCAACCUGACAGUACUCAGUAUGCAGAGCAACCGGCUGACAAAGAUCGAGGGUCUGCAGAGCCUGGUGAACCUGCGGGAGCUGUACCUCAGCCACAAUGGCAUCGAGGUCAUCGAGGGCCUGGAGAACAAUAACAAACUCACGAUGUUGGACAUUGCAUCAAAUAGAAUCAAAAAGAUUGAAAAUAUCAGCCAUCUAACAGAGCUGCAGGAGUUCUGGAUGAAUGACAACCUCCUCGAGAGCUGGAGCGACCUGGACGAGCUGAAGGGCGCCCGCAACCUGGAGACUGUGUACCUGGAGCGCAAUCCCCUGCAGAAGGACCCGCAGUACCGGCGGAAAGUCAUGCUGGCCCUGCCGUCUGUGCGGCAGAUCGACGCCACCUUCGUCAGGUUCUGAGUCUGCACGGCUCCUCACCUGGUCCCUCUCCUCACAAGACUUCCCGGCCACAGUUUUUUAAUCUACCUGUUGCUCCUGACGUCGUCACUCAACAGUCACAACCCACGGCAAUAAAAGGCACUGAUGGUA